ACCGAUGAACAAAAGACGGAAAUCUGCCGAUAUAUGGGGAUCGAAGACGAUUCGGCGGAUGCGAAUAAGAUCCACACAAUUUUGAAUCAGUUGCGUCAAUUCUUAUUCGAUUCGGGCUAUGCGAAAGAAAUUAAAGAGGGAGUCGAACAAGGGCUUUUUCGUCAACUAUACAUUCCCCGCGACUCAGCAAGGGAUUGUUAUCUUCCUAUCCGACGAAACGGAUUACAUAGCCUGUUGGACUUGAAUCUGUUGGACGUGCCACUGGAUACCACUGACCCAGUCGGGAUGACACAAUUCUAUUAUAGAGAUUAUCCCGAACGACAAGAAUAUGUGGCUCAGUUCGUUUUACGACACGUGAAUCCAGCCUUCAAGUUGCUCGCAGCAAGAGCAUCGAUCGGAUUACAAGUGGAUCCUAAAGACCAUGCCGCAAGAAGGAUGGGGCAAAAGGUCUUUGCUGCGAGAUUGGCUCAUUAUAAGACACAUAACCAGUUGGUGUCCAAUACCAUGAAGGACGAUAUCCCACCACUUUUCCGACCUCACGUGGCGAAAUUGGGCGAACCCAUGGAACAUGUUGGAAUAGCCCAUACGGCAAGAAAGGCGCUGAAAAAGUGUAAGAUACGAAUGGAAAAGGGCAAUCUUACACAACGCCAUGCCUCCCAGGUAGAGGAGAGGAUUAAUAAGAUUAAAGACACCAUGGGAAGUGACUACGUCGAACCUUUUGACGGAGUUGAAAUGUACAUCGACGAAUUCCUUGUGAAGAAAAGCGACCGACGCCCAGAACGCGCUCCUAACCAGAUAGGACGACGCGGCUUAAGAAACCAGCAACUCCGCGAUAACCUCGCUGACGUGCAACGGAGAUUGGCGGAUGACCCUAACAACCGGAGACUCCGGUUGGAGGAGAAUGAUGCACGCCACCGGGUCGAGGCGGUCAAAAGAAGUCGCCAAGGGAAAGGUCGCGGUCAGCGAGAAGUUGACCCGGAAAAGGUGAUGGUAGUUGGUCCCAUGGAACCGAUUGACCGGACUUCUGACCAAAACCAACCGAGGAGUAAUAAGAAGCGCCCGCCGAGAGACGGUGAGGAAGACGAUUCAAACGAAAUGGAAUAGUGUUGAUCGUUAGGAUCACACUAUUAAAAUGACGUCUACGGCAUUUUGUCGGCACGUCACAAAAAUGAAAAAUGGUGUUGUAUAUGAGGGCGAUAUGACUUGUUUACAUAAGCUGUAUUUGUGUAAUUGUUGUUUUCAGCGUUUAUAGCACAGAACCGCCAAGGAUAAAGAAAUCAUGUGGAGCAACGAUUGGGGUUGAAAUUGAUUCGGUCUAUAAAGCCGGCCCCAAGGGAGUUGCUACGGCAGUUAGCCGGCCCUCCUCCUUAAGCGAGUCAGUGUUAUAAAUUUGCAAGAGAAACUACGGUAAUCAAGCCGGAUCUCUUGAAUACGAAGUGGGCCACAAGCGGCGAAAAAGAGAAAGACAACAGGUGGAAAUAUUAAUGAGGUAAACUCGAUGCGGCAGUCAGCCGGUCUCAUUAGAGUUGCUACGGUAAACUAUGCCGGCAAUCUCUCCGAGCGACCCAGUGUCAUAAGUCAACGAGAGAAAUAGCGGUAACCAAGCCGGAUCUCUCGUACGGAAGCUGGGCCACAAGCGGCGAACAAGAGUAAAAGAUUUCAUGUGGAAGCGUUAUGGGGUAAAUUUAAUGCGGUAGCAAGCCGGCCCCACCAGAGAUGCUACGGUAAACUCUGCCGGCACUCUGGCCGCUCGAGGCAUAUUGAAGUUGGAUGUGCGACGGAAAGGUCAACUUAAAAGUUUUACCAGGGAGGCAAGCAAAGAAGUGCUUGAAGGCCGCAGAAAAAUCGGCUAAGUUCCUCCAUGACCUUUACCGGAGAUUUGAAGAGAAGAUGGAUGACCUUUGGGAUCAUUAUUUCCCAACAGAGUCAUCGUAUUGGAAUCUAAGUCGCAUGACCUUUUGGGACCAUUAACCCAUAACGAGUCGCACAUCUCAACGGAUCAUCUCAACAAAGGAUGACCUUUAUCAGGGAGGAAGCGAACUACGCUUGUCUACAUGACGUCCCUCCAUGACCCUUAUGGAUCUCAUUUUGAAGUCGUACAAUAGAUACGCACCUUAUUCCAAAGAUGAAGCAGUAUUCCUAAAGUCGUACAUUGAUACGCACCAGAUUCUCAAGCGGAUUGUGAUGAAAGUCGCACUAUGGAUGCGCGGAAUUGCUCAAGCGAGCGGAAUGGGCCAAAGUGCGGAAAACGGUGGACAGGACCUGUGACCUUUACGAGUCAGAAAUGGAGGAUCCUAGUCUACAUUUGAUUAAUACUUUUAUUGAUCUUAUAACUGUUGAUCUGUUUUUGUAUUAGAAUUGAUAUGGAAUAGUAUUUUAAUACAGAUCUCUUUAUUUCACAUUGUGCAUUUGGAAUUAUGUGAUUAAAUGGAUUAAGAGAUUUGAUGUUUUUGAGCACGCACAGACACCGGCGACCGCCGUCUUUUCGUGGAUUCGGGAGUAUGUUCAGCCUCAACGGAGCUCGGCAUCCCCCCAGAGGCAUGUGAGCGGGGGUUCACUAGCGUUCACGUCCGCGACGCUACGCCAGCUGGAUUACGUGUCUGUGUUGUGUCUCGCUCUGAUUGGCUAGUGGGCGCGGCUUAGCACGUGCUGCACAGUGUUACACACUGUUGAAUUGGCUCUAGGUUUUGCGAUCGAGCUGCGCCGAUCACUUGUUGAUUAUCUGGUCUCCAGACUUUUCAAUAUUAAAAAGUCAGCGAUUUACGGUGCGACGUUUGUGUUUCCGCAUAGCUCGCGAUCCAGAUCGUAUCGCUCGCUUCCACAGGAUAGAUUCUGUUUCUGUCUCUGUCUCUGGAUCCAUUCUGGAUCUAGCAUUAGACCGGCAUCGUUCUGUGUGCGCGCGCGGUAUUGUCGAUGGUCAUCAGCUUCCCGCCUUACGCAGCAUUACGCGAGGGAACUAGUAGUACGUUCGGAGCGCAAAGCUUGGAUGAUCGCUACUACAUAUUCAUGGAGAGAUCCCAGAAAUAUUUUAUACUAUAUUGAUGAUUCUUACAAUGAAGGCGAAGCAGUGAUGUUACACGGCGCGAUGAUGUCGGUGGCGGAUAAUACGAAUCAAUGUUUGCACUUCCGUGAGUACGAUCCCGAUACGGAUGCCGGAAAAGCUUUUUUAUACAUCUCCAAGACGCUGAAUGAUGGGACCACACCGCCCACCUGUGUGACGUUUCUGGGUCGCGUGAACCGCGCGGCGGGUCACGGUCAGAAGCUGGUGAUCCACAACGGCGAGAACGGAUGUAUGGGAUCGUUGCGGGAUCUGAUGCGUAUCAUAGUGAAUGCACUGGGACUGCGCAAUGAGUAUCGUCGGCCCGACCGCGAUCAGUACAUUGAUGUCUACCCGGAUAACUUAGCUCCUGGUUUAAAAGGUAGCUCAUUACUGGAUGAAAUGAAUCGGAUGCCUAUUACGAUAACUUCCCGUUUGAUUAUUUCUCCAUCACCAUGCCCUCCGUGACUAAGUACGCGGCCGACAACGCCGUCAUCUACAGUACAGUCUGCCGGGAAAUGGUACCAUUGCUUACGUGGAACAUCUCAGUCGGGAUGACUGCAUGGGAUUGGCUUGGAUGUACGGCUGCGAUGCACAAAAUUGCACAGAUCCGUACCAAGAUGUGGAUGUGGAUUUCUCGCCGCCUAAAACUUCGGACGAGCGCAACGCAGCUACGUACUCCUGGCACCGGCGGAUACAGUGACCACCCUGACCCGACCAUCCGGAAAAAGCGACAAUAUGUUCCACGUCAUGGCCCUGGACAAGAAGGCUUCCAAUAUCCUUGGCAAACAGAUGGGUUUGUCGGGUGACGCCAUGAGUGGACAAGUGAAUGUGACCUUUGUCACGACCGCGAAAAACAGCAGUGCCGAUCAGAAUAGUUUUGUGCUCAACAGUCAGUCAUCGGUGGCCGGUGUCCAGCCCCAAUCCGGCUCAGCGGUGACGCUUAAUUUGAAGAACGUGUCGAACGCUACGACGUGGAUUGGUACGUAAUUUUGCUGACAUAAUGAACAAAUCAGUGAUAAUGAUAAACACUGACAGAAUGAAAGUUGUAUUACUUGUAUUUAUUUUGUCACGGACCCACGGUGCAUGGCUUAUCUUGUUUUCGUGUAAGAAGACCUUUUUUGUGCCAGUAAAAAGCUUUCACAAAUAGUGGCUAACUUUAAUAGCAAUCUUCGAAUAACUCAAACCAGUUAACAGUUUAUUACAUUUAUGACAGUUGCGCUUGAUGAAGUAUUUUGUGUAUUAAUGUACGUCUGUGCGUGUACGCGCGCUUACCUCCCAGACAGGCCUGGCCCCACAAAGCGCAUCCCUUGGACAUCCUCCUGACAGCUCUGACGUUGGUGUACU